CUCUCCUACACAAGAAGAAAAAACAAGUCUCAUCAAAACAAAACAAAACAAAACAAAGAUGCAUAAAAUCGUGAAUAAGUUAUCAUCAUCAAUAAUAUCACAGAGAAAGAAGCAAACUUUAUCAAUUCUACAUCCACUCUACUCUCUUUUCUCGCGUUCCUUCUCUCAUUCUUCUUCCAGGGAUGCGUUUGGCAUUGCAUUUGACAUUGAUGGUGUUCUUCUUCGAGGAAAUUCCACCAUUGGAGGCUCCACUCAAGCUCUCAAUAAGCUAUACAACACAUCUGGUUCCUUGAAGAUACCCUAUGUCUUCCUAACAAAUGGCGGUGGAGUUCGUGAAUCCAAGAGGGCUAUUGAGUUGAGUAAACUAUUUGGUGUAGGCGUUUCCCCUUCACAGGUUUUGCACGGACAUUCACCCUUCAGACAACUGGCACAUAGGUUUGAAAAUGAUUUUGUUGUCGCUGUUGGCAAAGGAGAACCUGCUGCCGUGAUGUCUGAAUAUGGAUUCAAGGAUGUUAUUUCUAUAGACGACUACGCAUUGUGCUUUGACAACAUUGAUCCUCUGGUAACUCAUAAAAGUUGGACAGUGAAGAGGAGUUCAGAACAGAACAAAUAUGUAGCUUCAGCAGAGCUAAGGAACUAUGUUUGCUCGAAGAGGGUCCAGGCAGUGUUUGUUGUUAGUGAUUCUGUUGACUGGAGCAGGGACGUUCAGGUUCUCUGUGACAUAUUAAGAACCGGAGGCCUUCCUGGAGGAGAGUUUGGAAGCCAACCUCCUUUAUACUUUGCCCAUGAUGAUCUUAAAUACCAGGGUGCUUUCCCCACUGAACGGUUUGGCAUGGGCGCGUUUAGGAUUUCCUUACAAUCUGUCUUCAACAGCAUUCACCCCCAUCCUUUGCAAUAUUCUGCAGUUGGGAAGCCAAAUCCACUUGCUUUCAAGAAAGCUGAAACUAGUCUUCGGCAACUUCAUAACCACAUGAUUUCCAAUCAAGACUCUGACGGCAUUAGUCCUUUCAAAACCUUAUAUAUGAUUGGGGACAACCCUUCAGUUGACAUCAAAGGUGCACAACAGGCAGGACGUCCUUGGUUCUCUAUUUUAACUAGGACUGGAGUCUUUAGAGGAAAAGAAAAUGAUCAAGAAUUUCCAGCAGAUAUGGUUGUUGACACUGUGGAAGAGGCUGUGGACUAUAUAUUGGAGAAGGAAAACGUUCACUGAAAUUGGCUGGUUACAUGUUAAUUUGAACUGUUUUUGUUUGAGCUACAAUUAUCCAUUGGGAAGAUGCUCCAUAGCUUCAGUCAUGGACACUUUUAUCCAGCUGCAUUGCUUAAUACUUUCGAAGGGUUAUGAGUAGGCGGUAAAUACAUUUUCAAAUUGGUAUAAAGCUGAAAAUUAUUGACCAACUACACAGCAUUUUGUGCAGGUUAGUGUCGUUGCUAUUCGUUAGACGUUAUCAAGAGUGUAUCCAUGCAUAACUCUGAAGGGUUACGUUCAGUAUAUCAAGUUUUUCUCUAUCAACUAUUGCUCUGUUGAAGAUGAUCAAUGUCAUAAUGCUGCAUGCGAGAUGUUAAAUCACUCUCCAAUCUUGGUGGCAUUAUUUCGAUAUCUUGGUCAUUGGUAAAUUUCAAAUGGUAUUUUAAGGUUUUCACGGACAUAAUAAAGCAGUUAGGGAACAAAAACACACAA